AAAGUUUAGGGCGCCAAUUGAGAGUUCAUUUUCUAUCAGUUAUCCAGUAUUUGAGACAGUGAGGAUGGCACUGGCAAUGGCAGCCAUAGCAAUAGCUUCACCAAAUCCCCUGCAUUCAUCUCUAACUUUAUCAAAUGCCAGGGGCAGAAGAGCCUUCUGCACAAGACCAAGAAGAAGAAGAAGAACCCAUUCUCUGAUGAAGAUUACUGGGUCCAGUCUUGCUGAUGGCUCUGCUCUUUUUCAAGCAGCCCAUUACACUGUGGAUACCUACAUCAAAAGUGGUAUGGUGAUUGGGUUGGGGUCUGGUAUAGCUUCUGGUAUGGCCAUGCAGUAUAUAGGUCUGCAACUUGGAGCAGGUGCUUUAAAGGAUAUAGUGGGGAUACCAACGUCUGUAGCAUCUGCAAGUGAGGCAGCAAAGGCAGGAAUUCCAUUGGGUCACCAUGAGGAUGGUUCUCAAAUUGAUUUUGCAUUUGAUGAUGCUGAUAUUAUAGAAGAAAGGACACUUAUUGCUGUCAUUGGGAGAACAAGGUCGCAGGGUGAGGAGUCAAUCAUCCAAGAGAAGACUAUAUUAAACGCAGCCAAUAAAGUUGUCUUCAUAGUCAGAGAAAACCAGUAUAAAUGUGGUAUGGAUGGUUCUAUUCCAGUUUUGGUGAAUCCUCUCAACUGGAUGGAAACUGCUGAAGAGAUUGAUGAUCUGUUUUUAGGUGAUGCAGAGGUAUGGAGGAGACCCUCAGUUGGGCUGGCAGGGCCUCAUGGUGGUCAGUUUCCUCUAGUCACCAGAGAAGGCCAUAACGUUAUUGAUGUCAUAUUUACAUCUCCAAUUCUAAGCCUUGCUGAAGUAUCAAUGAGCCUUGAUAAUAUUGAUGGAGUCAUAGAGCAUGGAAUCAUUUCCAAGUUCCCAUGUACUGCAGUAAUUGCUUCGGAAAGUGGGCCGUCUGUUGUUGAUAAUGUGCCAAAGAAUUCAGUAAAGGAACCUUAAUAGCAAGAGCCUGCAUCACGCCACUCUUCGGUUUUUUUUUUUUUUUUUUUUCCUUUCUACACACAUAAGCCUCUGUAGAGAUUUUACUGUUAUCGACAACUCCCAUUUUUAUUAUGUGCCAUUCUCAUAUGGCUUUAGUACAUAUAAAAUCGUACCCAUUCUAUGUAUAUAGUACACGGUUGUUUGGUAAUAGGUAUGGAGCUUGUGUUAGAUGAA